GAUAUUGAUCUUGUAAUUAAAAUUUUUUUGGAAUUUUCAUUGUUUGGAGCAAGAUAAAUUUGGUGAUUCACAUGGGAUGCUUCAUCCUUAUUUUUCAGACAUGUGCAACUGAAAUUAAAACUCAGCCAAAGGAAUCCAGCUUACCUGGUCCAGCUGACAAGAGUCAAUUGCAGAGGAGGGAACCAGAACUGGACUCUAGAUCCUCAGAACUAAGGAUUCUCCUUCUUGGGAAACAUGGUGCAGGGAAGAGUGCAACAGGAAACAGCAUUCUGGGAAAGCAAGUGUUUGAGUCCAAAUUCAGUGACUCUCUGGUGACUAAAACCUGCAAGAAAGAAAGUGGAAUUGUGAGAAAGAGGGAGGUUGUGGUCAUUGAUACCCCUGAUCUUUUCUCUACAAGAUUCUCUACUGAAGACAAGGGAAAAGAGGUCAGGAGCUGUAUUACCCUCUGUUCCCCUGGCCCCCACAUCCUCCUCUUGGUGACCCCUCUUGGCCAUCACACAGUGGAAGAUGAAAGGACAGUGAAGGGCAUUCAGGAGAUCUUUGGAGCUGAAGCCACAAAGCACAUGUUACUUCUGUUCACAAGGAAGGAAGAUCUUGAAAAUGCCUCACUUCUGGAAUAUGUUGAAGAAACUGAUAAUGCAUGCCUCCAGGAGCUAGUUCAGAACUGUGAGGGUCGGUUCUAUGCUUUCAACAACAGAAUAGGUGAAGAAGAACAACAUAUUCAGGUUCAGGGUCUUCUAGAACAGAUAGAACUGCUGAUGAGGAAGAAGGGUGGCCAGUGCUACGCUAAACUUAGUAUGAAUGGAGGAAAGCAAGAAAAUACCAGAGAUACUGAGGCAGUUGUUACCAAAAGUACCAGGUGCUCUGGAAUAGAAGAUAUGGUGAGCCUCAUCCUUGUAGGGAAAAGUGGGACUGGAAAGAGCUCUACAGGGAAUACCAUUAUUGGAGAAAAGCAUUUUGUGGCCAAACUUUCAACAAAACCAAUCACUAAGACCUUUCAGAGCAAGCACAGAACCUGGAAAGGGAAAAAUGUUGUAGUUGUUGAUACGCCCUCCUUUAACUUUUCCCUGGAGAGUGAAGAUAUUCUUUUAAAACCAGAAGAAGAUGUAUUUCGGAACCUUUGUUUGUCUCCAGGAGCCAAAGUUUUCAUUCUUGUUGUUCAGCUGGGCCGAUUUACUGAAGAAGAUGAGAAGUCCGUCAGGGAACUGGAAGCCAUAUUUGGACCAACAGUCACUAAGUACAUGAUUGUGCUCUUCACCAGGAUUGAAGAUCUAGGGACUGAGACUUUGGACAAUUACAUCAAAAAUGCAAAAAAUAAAUCUCUUCAAAGGCUAAUUAAACAGUGUGAAAAAAGAUUUUGUGGUUUUAACAACAAAGAAAGUGGCCUGGUCAGGGAAAAGCAGGUUAAUGAGCUUUUGGAAAUGGUGGAUAAACUAGUCCAGAGGAGUGAAGGUCAAGAUUAUCCUGCCAGUGGGAAUCCUGAAAUUUAUACCAAUAAGAUGAAAGCUCUCCAGAGGAAGGAAAAGUUAUUCAUGCGAAUAAAGAAAAUAAUACAUUGAAAGAGUUCCUUUUUUUCAUUAUCCAGUUGGUUCUUGCUGCUACUGAUGACUCAUAAGUCAGGACAUAGGGUGAAAAUAUUCUUGGGGACAGUCAGCUAGAUGUAUAUAUUGGUUAAUAAUAAUGCCAGAGUGUGGCUAGGGACAAAUUGUAAAUAGAGGAUAAGAAAUUGAAAUGAGUUUUGAGGAAGCAAGCUAAGGGACAAAAUAAGGUUGUGAGUUGGAGUCAUAUAGGUUAAGUUGGAAAGAGUCUGGACAUACAUGAACUGACAACUGGCAAAGCAACAAUCAUUUGAAAAGGAAACAAGUAUCAAAGAACAGACCAAGGAAGGAAUAACUUGAAAGUGCAGGGAGACAAGAAAGAAGAGAUGUGUGGUUAUUUUCAGGACACAGGAAAAUGAGCAAAGGGAUAGAUCUAAUGCAAUAGUAAUGAAGAAAUACCUUUAUCAUAGAGGACAUUUUUCUUCUUCAACUUAAGAAUGGUUCUAUGGAUGCAGAAAAUCAUUACAAUAUGGCUGUCUUGGGCCAAGCAGAUCAUGGAGAAGACUCACUCGAUACAUCAGAUAUGUGGAUGGAAAAAAGAUCACCUUCUGGAAGAAACAUCCUGACAUAGGUAGAAAUUUUAAUUCCACUUUUUUAUUGAUUAUGUCCUAUAUUAGUGUGACCUGUUACUCAAAGAUCAUUUGCAUAAGACUCUUCUUUGAUAGAGAGUGAUUAUUCCAUGCUCCACACCUGCAUAAAGGGUAGAAUUGGUGAGAGCUUGGAAAAAGAAAUAAUUUGUCUUCAGAUUUCUAGUUUCAAAGGAAGAAGACAUGGGAUUCCAGAUUCUUUUCAGGUUCCCAAAGGGAAAGAAAGAUGGAAGAAGCUGACAUAUAGAGAAACUGACACCUUCUAUCAUGUCCAUGUCCCCAGCUUUUUUACAGAGACCCUUUAGAGAAUUUCCAAUUGGGUGAGAUCUGAGACUCUCUCUCUUGCUCCCAAAGGGAGAGUUCCGUCAAGCUACUUGUAUAAGAGAUACUCUCAUAUGUAUACUUUUUUUCUGAUUUCUAUUUCUUGUCAGCUUAAAUAAAUGAGUUUAUUUGCCAUCUUCUUUAUGUGUUCUUUGUGGAAGAGGUA